AUGCCCACCUGCCCCACCCAGCGCAGCCCGGCCUCCCAUGAGCUCUCAGCAGCUGUCCCUUGCUGGCUGCUCUCCUCAAGACCUUCGUUUUGGCUGGGGAACGAGACCCUGAAGGUGCCACUGGCGCUCUUUGCGCUGAACAGGCGGCGCCUGUGUGAGCGCCUGCAGAAGAACCCGGCCGUGCAGGCCCGCUCUGUCGUGCUGCUGCAGGGCGGGGAGCAGACCCAGCGCUACUGCACCGACACCGACGUCCUCUUCCGCCAGGAGUCCUUCUUUCACUGGGCAUUUGGCGUUACCGAGCCAGACUGCUACGGCGCGAUCGACGUCGACACCGGGAAGUCGACCCUGUUUGUGCCCAGGCUUCCUGCCAGCUAUGCCACCUGGUUGGGAAAGAUCCACUCCAAGGAGCACUUCAAGGAGAAGUACGCUGUGGACGACGUCCAGCACACAGACGAGAUCGCCAGUGUCCUGACGUCCCAGAGCCCGUCUGUUGUCCUCACCUUGCGUGGCGUCAACACUGACAGUGGCAGUAUCUGCCGGGAGGCCUCCUUCGAUGGCAUCAGCAAGUUCAAUGUCAACAACACCAUUCUUCAUCCUGAGAUCGUGGAGUGCCGGGUCUUUAAGACGGACAUGGAGUUGGAGGUUCUGCGCUACACCAAUCGAGUCUCCAGCGAGGCCCACCAGGAGGUAAUGAAGGCUGUAAAAGUGGGAAUGAAAGAAUAUGAGAUGGAAAGCCUCUUUGAGCACUACUGCUACUCCCGGGGCGGCAUGCGCCACAGCUCCUACACCUGCAUCUGCGGCAGUGGUGAGAACUCGGCCGUGCUGCACUACGGACACGCCGGGGCCCCCAAUGACCGGACCAUCCAGGACGGAGACAUGUGCCUGUUCGACAUGGGCAGCGAGUACUACUGCUUCUCUUCUGACAUCACGUGCUCCUUCCCCGCCAACGGCAAGUUCACCGCAGACCAGAAGGCCAUCUACGAGGCGGUGCUGUGCAGCUGCCGCGCUGUCAUGAGCGCCAUGAAGCCAGGUGUCUGGUGGCCGGACAUGCACCGCCUGGCCGACCGCAUCCACCUGGAGGAGCUGGUCCGCAUCGGCGUCCUGAGCGGCUGCGUCGACGCCAUGGUCCAGGCCCACCUAGGAGCCGUAUUCAUGCCUCACGGGCUCGGCCACUUCCUGGGCAUUGACGUGCACGACGUGGGAGGCUACCCCGAGGGCGUGGAGCGCAUCGACGAGCCGGGCCUGCGGAGCCUGCGCACCGCUCGGCACCUGGAGCCAGGCAUGGUGCUCACCGUGGAGCCAGGCAUCUACUUCAUCGACCACCUCCUGGACGAGGCCCUGGCUGACCCGGCCCGCGCCUGCUUCUUUAACCCUGAGGUCCUGCAGCGCUUCCGUGGUUUCGGUGGGGUCCGCAUCGAGGAGGACGUCGUGGUGACCAACAGUGGCAUGGAGUUGCUGACCUGUGUGCCCCGCACGGUGGAGGAAAUCGAAGCAUGCAUGGCAGGCCAUGACAAGGCCUUUACUCCCUUCUCUGGACCAAAGUAGAGCCAGGCGGGAGUGCCCAGUGUGGCCGGCAGCCUGCCUCGCAAGCGUUUUU